AUGGCGAACAAUUGGGAUGAAGUCAAUGCUGCGCGCCACCUCACCAACUCGACCGCCAGCUCCCGCCGGUCCCCUGGCGUUUCCAUGUCUGAGCUGCAGCUUCACGACGAUGAUGGCCCAGGGCUGCCGGCAGAGCGACAAGAUGAGACUCUUGCUGGAAGACCGGAAUACCUUACAGGUUUCGCACUGUGGGUCAGCAUGGUUUCGCUCAUGCUGAGCAUCUUCUUGAUUGCCAUGGACCUGACGAUUGUUGCAACAGCUGUUCCAGCCAUCACCAACGAGUUUAACAGCAUCACCGAUCAGGCCUGGUACGCUUCUGCCUUCUUCCUCACAGCAGGCGGCUUCCAGUCGACAUGGGGCAAGAUCUAUCAGAGCUUCCCCUUAAAAAUGAGCUUCUUCACAGCCGUUUUCAUUUUCGAAGUCGGCAGCCUGAUCUGUGCUGUUGCGCCCUCGUCGCCGGCCUUCAUCGCCGGCCGCGUCAUUGCCGGGUUUGGUUCCUCCGGCGUCGGCUCAGGCUCUUAUACCAUCGUUGCCUACAUCUCAGAGCCUAAGAGGAGGGCGAAUCAUACCGCCUUUCUCGGAGCCAUCUUUGGUAUCGGAAGUGUCCUGGGCCCUCUCGUCGGCGGAGCAUUUUCCACCAGUCUCACGUGGCGAUGGUGUUUCUAUAUCAACCUUCCCAUUGGCGUCCCACCUGUACUGGGCAUCAUAUUUUUUCUGCGCCUCCCGUCAAUCGCUAAACCUCAAAAGACACCCUUGCGGGAGAGACUGCUCCGUCUUGACCCUAUCGGUUCGAUUUUCCUGCUGGGGGGGAUCGUCACCUACCUCCUUGCUGUGCAGAUGGGUGGCGUGACCCGGCCCUGGAACUCGGGAACUGUCAUAGCGCUUCUCGUAGUCUGCUUCGUGGCCUGCACUCUGUUCGGACUUGUCGAGUGGUGGCAAGAUGAGAGGGCAACGGUGGUCCCCAGGCUAUUCGGGAACCGCUUCGUCGGCAUGUCGAUGGUGUACAUCUGCUUCCAGGGCGGCGCUCUGUUUUCCAUGGUCUACUAUCUCCCCCUAUACUUCCAGGCCAUCCUCGGCGACUCUGCUGUGCUCGCUGGUGCCCACAACUUGGCUUUCAUCAUUCCAGCUAUGGCCGCCGUCCUGGUCUCCGGCGUCAUUGUCACCAACACAGGUUUGGCCACGCUCACCAUGGUCGUCGGGUCGGCUAUCGGAACUCUUGGCUGCGGCCUCUGCUAUCUGUUUGACAUCAACACCACGACGGGAGUGUGGGUGGGGGUUCAGAUUGUCGCAGGCGUCGGCCUUGGUUUUGGCUUCCAAGUACCCCUAAUGGCUGCUCAAGCCAGUGUCAAGCCGGCCGAUUUGCCAGCCGCCACGGCAAUGUUGAUGGAGUUCCAGACUCUCGGUGGCGCGAUAUGGGUGUCGGCUACGCAGGCGAUUUUUCUCAACCGCGUCUUGAUCAAUCUACCCAAGAUGGCUCCUACAGUGAACCCAGAGCAGUUAUUGGCUAUCGGCGCUGGAGACCUACGCAAGGUCUUUGAGUCUGACGAGCUCAUGGGCGUUCUCGAUGCUUACUCGGACGGUAUUCAGAGUGCAUUUCUGCUGAUCUGUGCCGUUACCGGCGUAUCCAUCAUGGCCGGCUUGGUGAUUCCACUGAGAAGAAUCGAUACAGCGCGCAUCGACGCUUAG